CACAGCCGCGAUGUGUCAUUUCGACGGAUAAAUUACCGAUCGUCCAAACCCGUCCCGCCUGAUAUGCAAUUCCUGGCUGGAAUUAUAAUAAUGACGAAAAGGAACUGUUAGGCAGAUUUUUUUUUUUUUUUUUUUAAUGUAAAUAGCCGCUCUUUUAUACGCCCACGCUUUAAAUUGUGUUCGCUUGUUUGAGGAUGAGGAUGUUCUUCGCAGCGGGCAACAUGUCCCUGAUCGCGGUGACUUUGGCGCUCACCGUCGUCCUCUCUGCUUCUCAGGUUGGUGCCAACGAGGACUGCCUGUGGUACGUGGAUAAAAACGGCACCUGGCACAACGGCUUCGACUGCCCUCUAAUCACGUUCUGCUGUGGGAACUGCCACCGGCGCUACUGCUGCCUGGACGCCUUCAAGAUGAUCACAGAGCGGGAGCAGAAGCGCUGCAUGCUCUUCCAGUUCAGUCCCACCACUAUAGCUGGCAUUGCCUCCUCCAUUCUCCUGUUUGUGGCUAUCAUCGCCACGAUGGUGUGCUGCUUCAUGUGCUCCUGCUGUUACCUGUAUCAGAGGAGGCAGCAGCGGGGCAGGACACCCUACGAUGCCCAGCACAUCCCUAUGGCCAGCUACCCAGUGGAGCCCAUGUAUGACGCCUACGGAAAACCGCUGGGACCCGUUGAGUACCCACACCCAGGGUAUCCGAUGGCACCGCAGUACCCUGGCAUGCCCCCGCAGUAUCCAGUGAUGCAGCCGGGGCCCUAUCCCGCAUAUCCAAUGGCAGAUCCUGGAUACAGCCAGGCUCCUCCACCUUAUUCUCCACCUCAGUACCCUGGCCAUUGAUGGGCCAGCUUACACACACACACACACACACACACACAAUGGGACAUAACAGAAGAGAAUAAUGACUGUGUCAAGAGGAAAAGGAAACACAUGCACACACGCACAUACACGCACACACACGCACACACGCACACACACACACACACACACACACACACACAUAGCUUGACUAGCAGUGGUUUGCCUGUGAAAGAUAACCAGAGGCACUUUAAGGUUUUUCUUUAUUCCUCUUUUUUUGUUUAUUUAUAACUUUGUCCCACUUUUGUGUUUGCCUGAGUCAAAUUUGUUUCUGCAACCUGACGCCUAAUUCCUCGUGGCGGUUUCACAGAGGGAAUGUCACACCAUCCCCAAAGUGAGGAGGUAUUCUGCCCCAGCAUCACUUCCUCCCUGCUCCAACUUCCUGCCCUGACACACACACACACACACACACACACACACACAUACACACACUCUCUCUCACUUAAAUAACAGGGUUAUAUCUAAAGGAAGGAGGUAAUAACCGUAGGGAGGGAGGUUGCAGAAAUAAUAUAUAAAUAAAUAAAUAAUCCCUUCCUCACCCUUAAUAUAUUAUGCGACUUGAUCACUGCCUCAGGCUGCAUUCCAGGACGUGUCCGUCGAUGAUCCACAUUCCCCUUUCUCUCAGAUGUGAUUACAUGAUGUCUGUAUAUUUCUUGUUUGCUUGUUUCUUGAUCUGCUGGUGGGCAAAGGGAAAACGACACAGUGGAACAAGGGGUGCGUGUUUGACUGGAGCGUAAGGCGGAGUGUGAGGCACGGUCUUACGCCCCGAGAGACAAAUUUGCUGAGAUGGUUUUGGGAGAAGCGUUUAGUCAGCCGUCACGUGGCAGCUCAGUUGCACCAUGUUGGGUACGUGACUGACAAACAGCUUCAGGAUCGUAGAUUAGGUCAGAUACACUGCUCUAACGCAUCAUCUCAACUCUAGCAUGCUUACCGAUGAGUUAUCUGUUCUCUCCUGCUUCUUCUGGUUUUAAAUACUUAGAGAUGAGUCAUUAGACUAAUCCCAUACUGUCAGCUAGAAUGUUUUUUAUCAGUGGUAACCAUGUUCAAUGAUUUACUUCUUGUAACAUAUCAGGUCAAGGGAGCUGCAGGUCGUGCAGCUUGGUUGAUAAAACAAUAUGUCCCGCCUUACAAUAAUUAACCAUAGAAAAAAAAUGAGAUUAACUAUUUCAGUACAUAUUUUGUAAAUCGAUACAGCUGAAUAUUUUAUGAUAUUGUAAGAAGUUGUUAAAAAAAAUCUAAUCACUGUAACAUAAGAGACUGCAUUUUAAUACUAAGUUUACUAAGUACUAUGUUUUGGCAUCUUUCCAUUUGGUAUUGUAUUGUAUUUAUUACUGAGAUCACCUACUGUGAAUGGGUUCUCACCUUCUGGACAAGCUACAAAGCCAAAAACCACUACUGUAUAAAAAAAAAAAAAAAAAAAAAAAAAAGUUGAUUUUUUCCGCCUCUCUCUCUCUCUUUAAAGUUGUCCAUGUAAACAGCUUGGACAGAAAGUAACGGCCCUGUCGAUCAUUUCUCUUGCACUGACGCUGUGCCCUGUGUAAGAUGCUUGAAUCGUGGAACAUAAUGUCUCGAGCAUGUGUUGUACAGUAAACUCUGUUGAGCUGUCGUAGGCGAUGCCUGGAUUCUAUGUUUAUUCAGGUGCAAUGUCUUGAACAAGGCGACUGAUUCAUGGUACUGUUAAAACCAUAUGAGGCACAUAUUAAAAACUGCUAAGAACCCCCCCAGCCCCCAGCACACACACACACACACACACACACCGUCGAUCUCUGUCUGUCCCUGAUCAGAGAGGCUUGGGCUUGCUCUAACAAUUCCUCGAGACUUACUGCUGUAUCCUCUCUCAGUGUAAAACCAUGCAAGAGAUCAGAGUAAAAUUACUGCCUCUAGUUUACAGUGUGUGAUGUCCAUAUGUACAGAUUUACUGAGCCUUUGUAAAGCACAAGUAGAACACUGGAAAUUUCUGUCAAAGAUGCUGUCAUAGUUUGACAUUUUGCUCAAAAGGUGUUUCUGUUUAUUUGUGCUUCUGACCAACUCUAUGAGUGUGUUAAUUAAAUUGACAUCAAUUGCAAUAUAACUGUCUAGAUAUGGCUUUUUUUUCUCUCUGUUGUCAAAAUGGAUGGUACGAUAUUGUAAUAUAAAGUGAGUGGAAAAAGUUUUUAUUUCUAUUAACAUAAAAUUUAACUUUGGAAUGUAAAACACAA